AUGGCCAGUUACUAUGGAGGGGAAGACACUAAGAACAGACCAACCUGUGAAACAACGCAGUGGCCUGUCACGCGACGAGGGGACGUGUCUGGCAGGCUGGCCCUGCGAGAUGCAGGGCCUGUGGCAGGAGGCCACGGCGUCCUGGCCGCCCGCCAGCCCGCGAGGCUCUCCUGCUCCAGCAACCUGCCAAUCUGCCGCCCCUGGACGUGCUGCCGGAGCGAGAGCAGCCCGGCCCCACGCUGUGCUCAGGCACAGCGAGGGAUUUAUUAUCCCAGCAGCCAGAAGAGGCAGCAACGGGCAUUUGGAGGCACUAAAAGUGAUUUAAAUGAUCCAGCCUGGGACUUCUGCCAAGCAGCACCUCCUUCUGUUUGCUGCGGGGGCUUUUCUGCCCUCCCCCUUGCUGGCCAGUGCUCUCUCACCCUCUCCCCUCCCCCGGAGGCAGUUUCCAUGGGGGUCUCAUGGGAGCUUUGUCUCUCACAUGUGUUUAAAGAGAAAUGUGGAGCUGACACAAAGGCUCCACAGCUCGACCUUUCGCCCUCCAGAGUUAUGAGGGCCAUAAAGCUCGAGUCCCUGCUGGCUUUCCCACAAGAGGCUUCAGGAGUGCCCCCAGAUUUCUUGUCUGGUGGCCAGAGUACUGUAAGCAGCUGUGGCUUUGUGGAGGCCCGGCCGAGAGAGCGGCGCCCCGCAAAGCCCCGCGGCGAGCCGGGCCCGCGCCGGCCCUGGCGGCGUGGGAAGCACUGCGGGGAAGGGGAGCGGAGCGGGCGUUCGCGGUCUCCGGGGACUCUGUUUCGGCGAGGCAGAAGCGCCGGGGCCGCGGGAGGUCCGGGGGGCUCAGAGCUCGUGUUCGGAGUCGGGACCGCGGGCAGGGCCGCCCCCGGCUGGGACUUGGUGUGGUUUCAGCGUGGGGAAGGCCGAGUUGGCCUUUCCCCGGUGCUGCCUCCCGCGGUGUGGAGAGAGCCCGGGCCAGGCCGGGCUGCGCGGCGAGGAGAGCUCGGCCGGAGCUCCGGUGGUGGCUCCCAGCCGCGGGCGCGUCUCUUUCUCUUGCAGUUCCUGACCGAGCUCACCAGGCUCUUCCAGAAGUGCAGGACUUCCGGCAGCGUUUUCAUAACGCUGAAGAAAUAUGAUGGCCGAACAAAACCAGUUCCACGCAAAGGCCACGUAGAAACUUUUGAACCAGCAGACAAUAAGUGUCUCCUAAGAGCAACCGAUGGAAAGAAGAAAAUUAGCACAGUGGUGAGCUCAAAGGAAGUAAAUAAAUUCCAGAUGGCAUAUUCAAAUUUGCUAAGAGCUAACAUGGAUGGCUUGAAGAAGAAAGACAAGAAAAGCAAGGCCAAGAAGAGUAAAGCAACACAGUGAUGGGACAGUGUGCUACCAUCACUAUAACAGACUUGACCCUUGCUCAAAG